CCCAUUAGCAUGUGAGGUUAUGUCGUUUGACAGCUGUCAUUCCAGUAGUGUUCCAGUACGAAAUAUUUAAGAAUUGGGCUGCGUAAGAAAACAAAAAUUUAUCGACACUUCAAUAAUCAAUUGAAACAAUAAGUGUUAACGUACAGUUCCAAAUUUGAAAAUGUCGUCGGCUAAGGACGACGAAGAUUACUGGAACAGUAGCGACAAAAACUCAUUCAGUUUCGAUCAAAACAACGAGGUCGACAAUUUAUUUGGAGUCUCGAAGAGUGGUACAGCACAACUGAGGGAAGGAAUAUCGAACAUCAAAGUUUCGACUGCAUAUUUUCAACAGGAAGAUACUCGACCAAAUUUGAAACCUUUGUUGUCCAUUAUCAGCGAACAAACUCUCAAUAUAAUAUUAACGGCAGACAAAAUUUUUCUGCCGGAAGAACCCUCCGUUGUUCAACCAGAUAUUACUUUGCGGAGAAUACUUUUGGGGCAGCCUUUUUCCCUUGAGAAAUAUAAGUCCCUUGUGAGCAAGACAGCUCUUUUGGAUGCUGCGUUAGCAAGUGGCGAUGGAAACGCCAUUCUUAUAGUCAUAUUAUUUAUUGGAAAAACUCUAAAAUGGCCCUUGGUCGAAAGAAUAUUGCUGGAAAGGCCGGACUCGAUUCCCGUUUACGUAAGAUAUUUAGCGACGAGAUUGCAAGUCAACGAAAUCACAGAUUUGCUCACGGCCCAGGGUCGUCGCGUUGAUGCUGCAAUUACCCAUUUCGACAUAAUAAUAAGGAAUACGAGAGACGCGAGCAGACUCGUCGAGAAGCUUGAAAAAUGCUACAAAACUCAUUUCAUCGAUUUGCCGGACUGCAAGGAGUCCGCGUUUCUCAAUAAUUACACGAAACUUUUGAGAUGGCAAAUGGCUCUGGAGAACAGACAAGUCGACGAGGUUUUUAACCUCAAUUCGCCGGUACUCGACUGUCUGCGUUACGCGUGCAAAGAUCAUUAUAAUUCUCCGAUGGGAGCUUUGGCCUCGCCGAAAAUGUUGUUGAAGGAGCACGAUAUCUCUGCGAGACAAUAUCAAAAAGUUGCACUCAAAAUGAGAGCUUCGUUGCAAGAAUGGAACGACAUCGAUAAUUUGUUGCUCUCCAAGAGUUGGCUCGGAACCCCAAAACUGGAAGCGAGUCUCUCGAUCGAUGAAAUUCUGAAAACGCUGUCGGAAAACCAAGCACCGCUCACGACGAUCGAAAAAUUUCUCAAAUACGUUGACAGCGCCGAGCGACGGUCGGAGCUCGCAAGAACUUACAACUGUUCGGCCUCGACAACGUGAACCAAUCGAAAUCUCAUUUCGAAAUGUACAGUUUUUUCAAAUUUAGUAAUUAAAUAUUUUUAUGUAAAAAAUUAA